CUACAAAAAGAAGGAUUAGGGGAACUUGAUCAGGCUGCUGCACUUACUACAGAUGAAAAUUUUCAAGUUUUAGAUCAUGAAUCUAUGUCGAUAAAUGAUAACGAGAGUGCUCUGAAGCGUAAUAAAUAUGGAAAAUCAUCUGCAAGAAAAUUACCGAUUCCUCUAGACAAUUCAAACAAUCGCUUCAAACCC